AGAUCACCCGUGCUCAGAUCAUGCAUUUAGGACAAACAGCGCACAUGCUAAGAAUAUCACAGCUGCAUUGGAUUUUUUAUGUUUUUGUGAAAAAAAAUUAUUAACCAGGGCAGUUAAAUAUAUUCUGACUAAAAGUUUCAGGAGUUUUGAGUGCCUAAAUUCAUUGGAUUAAAACUUUCAAACCUGGAUUACUGCAAGAACAUAUUUGAAGUUUUUGUUCUCAAAUAGAGGAUUUUAUUAUCUUGGAGUGAAAACAUCUUGGAAGAAGCCAAAGCAGGUGUUGUGUUUGAAGAAUAUUUGAAGAGCUUGAACCGUUAAAGGCUUGGUUUGUAUUUAUUGUACCCAAUGACUUUAAUUUUCCACAUUUUGUAUUUUCACAUUAAGUGCCUUUUCAUUUAAGUCUUGUGAAAAACGUGAAGCUGCCAGGAGAACAGUUUGUUUUCCCUGAACAGACUAUAGAUUAUGAGAGAAACCAGGAUCUGGUAAAUACAACAGCAUGAGUAAUGUACAUCUUAGUAGUAAACAAUGUCCGUAGUGGAACCUACAUUGCUCUGCCAUUUGUGUGUUACUCAAAAGUAAAUUUUCCAGCUUUUAAACACAGAAAUUGUAUAAAUUCAAGGACUGAGCAGAUCUUUAUAUAAGGCUGCAGAAGUAACAGUAAGGUGAACCAGCAGCAAUGGAACAGAAGUCUUCCAACCACAGUGCCACACCACUGGACAAACAUGAGACUGUGGCCGAGUUUGUACCCUCACACCGCAGCAAAGGGAGGAAAAACUGCGGCAGAAUCCGAGGCCGACAACGGCUUUUCCCUCUGGCUGCUUUCCUCCCUCUUUGCGUGCUGCUGCUGUGUGUUUGGGGUCAGGUGGAAGGGGUGGUACAUUCUAGCUUCCGAAGGCUAAGUGGUCGGGAAAAGAAAGAGAUGCAGAAGGAGAUUUUAUCUCUUCUUGGGCUGCCCGGGCGACCGAGACCACACCCACCCCUGCGCCCUCCUUCCUCCGCCCCUCUUUUUAUGCUGGACCUUUACCAUGCUGUGUCAUCUGAGGGUGAUGAAGGACCAGGCUUGGGUUUUAAUCCGGUUGUCAGCUAUGCCGCACUGCCCACCUUAAGCACACACACCCCACCCCUGGGCACGGUGGUCAGUGAGGCAGAUACAGUUAUGAGCUUUGUCAACUUGGUGGAGCAGGAGAAGGAUUUGCUCCAGCCUCGCCCUUAUUGGAAAGAGUUUCGUUUCGAUCUGACUCCGCUUCCUCAGGGAGAGACGGUGACUGCUGCGGAAUUUCGUAUCUAUAAAACUCUUCCCAUGGGAUGGCGGGCGAAUCGCACCCUUCAUAUCUCUGUCUAUGAAAUUCAGAGGGAGAAAAGAAACAGGGAGCCUGAGCUGGUGCUGCUGGACAUGCAGUCUGUACCUGCAGGUCAGGAAGGCUGGCUGGCAUUUGAUGUGACUUCUGCAAGCAAUCGCUGGCUUCUUAAUCCUCGAAGCAACCUCGGUAUCCGUCUUUAUGUGGAAACUGAGGAAGACCGGUCAUUGUCUGCUGGUUUGGUGGGUCUGGUUGGCCGUCGAGGGCCACGCUCUAAGCAGCCCUUCAUGGUGACAUUUUUCAGGGCUAGCCAAGCCCCCUGCCGCCCACCUCGUGCUCUGAGACACAACAACCCUCGCAAGAAAAAACCCAAGUACGAUCUGCCACACCCAAACAGACCCGGCAUAUUUGACCAAAAUUAUGCCACCAGUGGACGCCAGGCCUGUAAGAAACAUGAACUCUAUGUCAGCUUCAGUGACCUUGGUUGGAAGGAUUGGGUUUUGGCCCCUCCAGGCUACUCUGCAUAUUACUGUGAUGGGGAAUGUGACUAUCCUUUGAGUUCCUGCAUGAAUGGCACAAACCAUGCCAUGAUACAGCUACUGGUACACCUUAUGAAACCAACCGAAGUGCCCAAGGCCUGCUGUGCACCAACUAAACUAAGUCCCAUCUCUGUGCUCUUCUAUGACGACAACAACAACGUUAUUCUCAAAAAACAUCGAAAUAUGGUGGUCAAGCACUGUGGCUGCUUGUGAAUCCUGUACGCAGUAUUGCUCUUGUUCAUUUAAGUUUAAUAUCUUUGAAGCAUUUUGUAAUGCACAAAGUCAUGUUCUCAUCUCAAAUGACUGUCAUGAUGGUAUAUCAGCUUAUUUGUUGCAUGCACGACAGUAAUGAUGCGUGCAUGGAGAUUAUCAUAUUACAAUAAAAUUAUUUGUAGCUUA